AUGCAGGAUGGUAUAUACAAGAAGGGGGGCGACGGAUGUAAUGACUACAUGCUACAGUGGCUCCAUGCGGACGUCUCUGGCCCUAUAGCAGACAAUCGAAUUCCUGCUGGUGGCGAAGACAGCCAGGGCUUUGCCGCUCCCCUCUAUCACCUUUGUCUCCGCGCACUGCAAGAUUUCUAUCGUCAAGAACGCAAUAAACGCAGCUCUAGAUCGCGCUCAAUUGUCCUGAGAGAGUGUCUCGGGAGGCUUUAUCUGUGGGGCGAACCCUUUGGCGUUGGGGAGCUUGACAGAGCACUGGAACAGUCUGAUGAGUUGAGAAAUGAUGUAGUAGAGCGCCUCGUUCAUAUUGGGAAGCUUCUUCUGCACGAACUGGCAAAGUCGGUUCCUCUUUCGAAAGCCCCACAUCAGCCGUCGAAGCAAGUUGAAGAACUUGAGUCUGCCAUCAAGCAAGGAAAGCUCAUAAUAUCUGGAGACCAGCACGAGAUACCGCAGAAUGGUCAUGAUAGCGAUGAGGAAUAUGGUCCUGGAAGAGAAGGCUCGUCGGACAGCGGCAGCUACGAUAUAUUUGAAGACCUUGACUUUACCACUACGUGCAUUAUGGAGCUUGGACCAAGUCUGGAGCAGAAUCUUAAACAAGCUGAAAAUGCUCGAGUCCAGCAUUCAUACCCCACAAUUGUACCUUUCUCUGUUUCUGGCCCUGCCACGAUAUAUGUGUCAUUAAUUCGAGAGAAGUUCAAAAAGGCACACUACAAGUUGGUUGAACGACUAGGAGAAGCCAAUUGGCAGAGGCACAAAGAUGUUCGGGAGAAGAUGGAGAACACGGAACACUCCCUUGAGGGAACAAAGAAUCUUGCUCGUGAAACAGGUACUGCAUCGUCCAUUUUUCGACCAUAUUCAGAUUUCCACGAUUCUGGAAUUGGCACAACUAUUCCAGCGCAAACCGAGUAUGCUCCAUCCCAUACCUCCUUUCAAUCGAGCAACAGCGAAGGAGAACGAAACUCGCCUCGAGUACCUAGAGAACCCCCUGAAGUCGGUGCCAGAAAACGAUUCCAAUGUUUUUUGUGCAGACGCAUUAUUUCAAACGUCAAAAAUCGGGUGGACUGGAAGAUGCACGUUUUUGCCGACCUACAACCAUACAUUUGCACGUUCUCAGACUGUGGUGACGAGCUAGCCCAGUUCGCUACCCGGGUAGCGUGGGCCGAUCAUGAAUUUACUGAGCAUCGCAAUGACCGGGCGUGGAAGUGUCUGGAGUGUUCGAAGAGAUUUACCAGUGCCUCAGACUGGGAGCAACACCUUCAGGAAUUUCAUCGACGUGUAUUUAGCGGGCUUCAGCUCCAUGUAGCCAAGAACACGGCGUACCAGAUACAGCCGAGACCAAUCGCGACUGAAGAAUGUCCCCUGUGUCGUAUCAUUGUUGGGAAGUCCCGCCGAGCAUUUGUUAAACACGUUGGACGACACAUGGAAGAGAUCGCGUUAAUGGCCCUGCCCCGGAAUACGGAAGAAGACUCGAGUGACGGCUCUAUCAGUACAGAUCAGAUCUCUGUCGGAUUAGAAAAAUAUGAGAUGCUGGCUGCCGAGACAGGCCUUGAAGCGCGUGAGGACAUGAGCAGUCAUCAGACUGAAUACGGUGCGACUAGUCUUACCACCAAUCAACCAGGAGUAGCUGAUCAAGAAUUAGAAGCUGCUAGACUCAACCGUGAGUGGGAUCAUUCCCAAAAGGACGAUAUCGAGGAUGAGGACGAAGAGGUGACAAGAUGCAUUUGCGGCAAUCAAGAGUACCCAGGACUGCCUGUAUCCUCUGGCGAACCUAGCAAAGGAGGCGCCAAAGUUUAUUCAGAUCCUGCGGCUUUUCGAGAAGAUGCCACUGGAUGGUACAUUCAAUGCGAUAGCUGCAAUGUUUGGCAACACGGAGGCUGCGUCGGCAUAAUGGAUGAAUCCACAUGCCCAGAAGAAUACACCUGUGAGCAGUGCUGCCCAGGCUUGCACGAUAUUAAGACGACAGUCAAAGGGCGGAAAUACUCUCUUUAUCUUCCUGUCCAUCAGUCGCAGAAAAUGGCCUCGAAGCAAAAGUCAACUCCUGUUUUUGUGCUUGGAAGCAAAACGUCAGUUGACUCAGUUGACUUGGCCCACAACGAUACCACCAGCGCACCGUUGAACCGAGAUGGAAAUGAUGAGACACCACUCGCAAGAGCAUGUAAAUUCGGCAGCAUAGAAGAAGCUGAGAAAUGUUUAAAAGAAUGUCCGACGAAUAUCAAUGUACCUGACUAUGCAGGUAAUACGCCACUACAGACCGCUGCCCUCGAGGGUAGGACCGAGAUUGUCCAGCUUCUGUUGACUGCUGGAUGCGACAUCAGUUGCGAGAACAUGAUCAAGGACACUCCACUCGUUGAUGCCGUUGAGAAUGGUCACCUGGAGGUAGCAAAGAUGCUGCUGAGGGCAGGAUGUAAUCCAAAGCAGACUGACUCGCGUGGAAAGACGAUAUUAGGCCUAAUUAAUACGAGUCACGAUAACGCGGACAAGAUGCGAGAAGCACUUGAGGCAAGUCUCGCCCAUUUCGGACCUGACGUCGAAAAUGAAGUCGGAGGCUACAUCAUAAAAUGCAUCUGCGGCUUUCCAGAGGAUGAUGGGAACACCGUGUACUGCGACCCGUGUGACACUUGGCAGCAUACCCAAUGUUACUAUACAGACAAGCACGGUAAUGUGCCCACAAAAGAGGAACUCGAAGAUUUCGAUCACUUUUGCGCAGAUUGCCGACCAAGAUCGCUCAAUGCAAAAUGGGCCACCGAGCGACAGUGGGCCCGGCGAAAAGAGAAUAUGCGAGUGCCACAUUGA